AUGCCCUACCAAGAAUUCCCCGCCCACGAACGCGACCCCCUCCUAGGAGGCACGCACAACCCCAACACCACCCCACCACCACCACCACCACCACCAACAACAACAACGAACACCCAAUUGACCCGCCUGCACGCCCACCUCACCACGCCGCUCACGCAGCGCUGGACCGACCUCCUCCUCCUGCUCUGCUACACAAUCACCGGCCUGCUCGACUCGACGGCGGUCUUCAUCUGGGGCUCGUUCGUCUCCAUGCAAACCGGCAACACCGUGUACGCGGGACUCGGGCUGACGGGGCUCGACGCGACGGCGCGGUGGCAGAAAUCCCUGCUCUCGAUCGGCAGCUUCUGCGCGGGGAGUGUGCUUUUUGCCGGGAUUCACCGCCAUCGCCAUUUGGCCCGAAGUCGCGGGGCGCUGGCGCUCUCGUUCGCCCUCCAGACGGCGUGCAUCGCGGCCGCGGCGACGAUCACCAGCGUGUAUCGGCCCGCCAAGUCGGAGGACCGGCUGGAGUGGACGGUGGCCGUGCCGUUGGCGCUCGUGGCGCUGCAGAGUAGCGGGCAGGCGGUCGCCAGUCGCGUGCUGGGGUUCUCGGCGUUGACCUCCGUCGUGCUGACAAGUAUCUACUGCGAUUUGUUUUCGGGGCCGGUGCUGCACCGGUUCGGCUGGGUGCAGGUGGUCAGGAAUCCCGAUGAGUGGCGGCGGGUGGGCGCGGUGGUGGGGUUGUUGUUGGGGGUCGUUAUCGGGGCGGCUUGGGCGAGGAGUGAGGCCGGGUUGGAGGGGGCGCUGUGGACGGCUGUUGGGUUGAAGGGGUUGAUUACGGUGACGUGGUUGUGGUGGAGGGGGGAGAAGGUUGGUGGACUGGAGGAGUAG